GCAUAAAAUAAUGUCUUCAGAAUCAUACAUACAAGUGAAAAUUGGCUGAGAAUUGAGCAAAUAGUGGCAGCCUAGCUCAGAGGAAGAUAGGAAUCACGCAUACGCGCUAGUUUAUCUUGUGAUUAAAGACUUCUUUACCUUUACAAUUGCUUGUCGAAUGCAAACAUGCUAUAAAAAGCACAUAUUUUAUGAAAAAGAUCACCAAGAUAUUUGAAAUCAGCAUCCAAAAAUGAGUGAGAAACACUUAGGAUUGAGUUUCACUCACCUAAUAUGAUGCAAGGUGGUGUUAUCCAGUUUCAUUUCACCUGUUGUGAAAUAUUUUUUUAUUUGAAUUAAGCUGUUUUAGAUGCACUUUUCGUUUGGUCCUCUAAAAUCCGUUGCUAUCGCACAGAGUAACUGUGCUGCCGCUCGGGAGUCGAAAAAUAUUCAAAUCAACAGGUCUGUGUCAUGAUCAACUGCUACAACCUCGUUACUUCUGCAUGCAUGAACAAUCAACUCAACACAACUCUGCUUAGAUUCCGAUGGGGGGUUUUUUGUUGUUGCUCAAAAUCUCUUCUAAAACCGACUCUUAAUGUUUUCCGAAUGUUUUCUGAUUGAGAUGUUCCAUCCCAUCUAGUAUUCAAAUGGCCGCGGAAUGCAUGCGUAUUAUCUGCCAGCCCUGUUCUCUGUGGUCAGUGACAUAUAGGAGAGAGCUUCCUUAUCUCAGUCAAACCUGAGCACUCUGGGCGUACUGUGAACAGUGGUUUCCUGCACAUGGUAUUUUCUGUUCUUUCUUUCAUUUUUCUUAAUUCCAGUUUGGUUUACUUUCGUGCGCUUGCAACAUUCCUAGAAACAGCCUUUGAAAUGACACCGUUACAAUUCAAAGAUUCUUUUUGGGGCCCAGAUUUCACAAGUAACAUCGGAUAUGAGACUCUUAUCCAGAGGCUAUGUGAUGGGCGAAGAGCUUGCAAAGAUAUGGAGGAGCUCUUAAGAAUGAGAGCGAUGGCAGAGGAACGGUACGGGAAGGAAUUGAUUACUAUUGCACGUAAGACAGGAGGGCAAAGUGAAAUUGGCACUUUGAAGGCAUCAUUUGACCAGCUAAAAGCCCAAAUGGAGAACAUCGGAAAUUUGCACAUUCAGCUCUCUGGGAUGUUAAGAGAAGAGGUGAAACGCAUGGAGCAGUUCAGAGAGCGACAAAAAGAGCAGCGGAAAAAGUUUGAAGGGGUCAUGGAAAAAGUUCAGAAGACCAAAGUGUCAUUAUAUAAGAAAACCAUGGAGUCUAAAAGGACAUAUGAACAGAGGUGUAAAGAGGCUGAUGAGGUUGAACUGGCUGCUGAGAAGCUCAACAGUACAUCCACAGUCACCCCCAAACAAUCUGAAAAGACACAAAACAAAGCAAAACAGUGCAGGGACGCAGCAGCAGAUGCAGAGAAACAGUACAUGUCAAACAUAGAGCAGCUGGAUAAGGUUCGUCAGGAAUGGGAGACCACUCACGAAUGCACGUGUGAGGUUUUCCAGCAGCAGGAAGACGAUCGCAUUAACAUUUUGAGAAAUGCUAUUUGGGUCCAUUGUAAUCACUUUUCAAUGCAAUGCGUCAAAGAAGAUGAGUGUUAUGAGGAGGUGAGGAAAGUGCUAGAAAUGUGUGACAUCACGGAAGACAUCAACAGUUUCAUCAAUACGAAAAGCACUGGCACCACUCACGCAGCGCCUAUUGUGUUUGAAAACUACUAUGAUAGAGAACCAACAAUGGACAGCAAUGGCAUGGCACGCUUUGGAGGAGGUGUGAUGAAGAGGUUUUCAAAUCUCUUGCAAGGCAGCUGUGCUGUUGGCUCUAAGACUAGUAAUGAAUGUGUUCAGCCAUCAGCCCCUCCGUCAGCUGAGAUCUCAGAUGGAGUGUAUGCCUCUAUUCCUGGAUUUUCACAAGCAACUUCAAACAGUGUUUGCUUUCAAAGCAGCACAUACCAGGCUCUGUAUGACUAUAUUGCUCAGGGCGCUGAUGAGCUCUCCAUCUCUACGGGGGAAAUGCUGCUGGUGGUGGAACAGGCAGGAGACGGCUGGUGGACGGUGGAGAGGGACGGUCAGACUGGGCUGGUGCCAGGCUCCUACUUGGCCAAGAUAUGAGUCAAGAGUCUAGCGCACGCUGGAAAACGCCCUCUAUUAGCAGAGUUAUUAUAAAUGUGUCUCGGAGGAGGAUUUCUGUUCUCUAAAUGCAUUUAAGCAAUAGCACAUCCAUGCUGAAAAUAUGUACGGAACAUAGAAACGGGUUAAUAUCUAUAUUAAAGACUGGUAAUCAUGUGUGACUAUCAUUGUUGUCGAGAUAGAGAUUUAUAUUUAUUAUAAAAAUAUUUAUUGUGAAGGAAAAACUAUGUAUAGCACAACGGGUAGCCACUACGGACUUGCCAUGAUUUAGUUCAUGCGAAGAUGAAGACAAUGCACAGAUUUUGGUGUACAAAGAGAUAUUUAAACAGAAUUGCAAAUUCCUGUUUACUUUUUGGAAAGUUAAGCAAUGCGACAAAAGUCGUCUACUAUUUUAGAUGGUAUAUUACAUAAAAUGCUGAACCUAGAGCUCUGUUUGCAUUUAUCACUUGGUCUGCAUAAAAUAAAAGCUGUGUAACGAU